GAGGUAGUUGUCACUUUGUUAUCACUUCAAGUGUACUCUUUCGAACGAGAUACCGGCAUUAUAUUACCAGAAGAAAAAUUUAGUCAAACACGGGACCAUUGUGAGUAAAUCCUUAUAAAAGAAUGUGCGGCAAUUAAGCGUUCUACACAAAGUUAGAGAUUUUUUUACAUGCAAAAAGUGAGCUUGCACCAGCAUCAAAUCAAUAUUCAUAGCCGUCGAACGUCCGUCAAAAAUCAAUCAUGGCAGCGAAGCAGUUCCUUAGCGGUCUGCACUAUGCUGUAGUAACCUUCGUGCGAAUACUGUUAACAGCAAUUUAUGGUAAAGGACAAAGUGUAAAGCCCGUAACCAAUGCGCUACUCAAAGAACCUGCAACAUCACUAGCUAGGAAAAUUCGUCAGAAACAGGUAACAUCAGUCGAGGUCUUGGAAGCAUUCAUAUCGAGAAUUGCUGAAGUGAAUCCCUUACUGAAUUGCGUGGUCGACAAUCGCUUCGAUUCGGCUCGGAAAGAAGCUGCCGAAGCCGAUGCAUUAGUUGCGUCGGGAAAGUACACCGAAGAGGAAUUGGAACGUGAGAAACCUUUUUUGGGUGUGCCGAUAUCGACAAAGGAUUGUUUAGCAGUUGAAGGACUGUUGCAUACGUCAGGAAUACUAGCAAGGAAGAAUGAACGUGCAACGAAAGAUUCUGACGGUAUGGCGCAGAUGAGGAAAGCCGGAGCAAUACCAUUUGCCUUAACUAACGUGUCCGAAGCUUGUAUGUGGUGGGAGAGCAAUAACUUGGUGCAUGGUAGGAGUCGAAAUGCCUAUGACACAAGUCGCAUUGUUGGAGGUUCAAGUGGAGGAGAAGCGUGUUUACUGUCUGCGUCCGGAUCCCCAAUCGGCAUCGGAUCCGACAUCGGUGGCUCAAUCAGAAUGCCAGCCUUUUUCAACGGAAUUUUCGGUCACAAACCGUCGAAGUUUAUAGUUUCGAAUGAGGGCCAGUGGCCGAUGCCGCAUGAUGAUCAGAAAUCAUUUUUGGGCAUUGGACCGAUGAGUCGUUUUGCAGUGGACUUGAGACCGGCGCUCAAAGUCAUGGCCGCCGAAAAUGCAGCGAAAUUAAAUCUCGAUGAACCGGUAGAUGUGUCCUCCGUCAAAAUCUUUUACCAAACCGACGAUCUAGGAGGAAAUCUGACAUCACCGGUGGACGAGUCGAUCCGCAUGGCAAUGAACAGAGUAAUCGAUCAUUUCGACGCAACAUCAAAAACGAAACCGCAACGUAAACAGAUUCGACGCCUGCGAAAGUCAACGGUUCUGUGGAUGGGCAACAUGAAAUCGCCAGCCAGUGCCAAUAAAUUCGAUUCACAGCUGUUGAACCUCAAGGGUCGUAUCAAUCCGUACUGGGAGUUGGCGAAAUGGUUCAUUGGUCAAUCCAAUCACACGUUCAUUGCCAUAAUGACUGCGCUGACCGAAAAUGCGGGCGUCAAGUACGGCAGUAGUAAGCAUCAGCAUCUCAUCAACGAGAAAAAGGAAUUGCUGAAAGAAUUCGAAUCGAUGCUGGGCACAACGGGCGUGUUUUUAUAUCCGACACAUCCGACUGUUGCACCGUAUCACAAUGAACCGAUCGUCCGUGCCUUCAAUUUCAGUUACACUGGAAUCAUCAAUAUUUUAGGUCUACCAGCCACGGCAUGUCCGUUGGGAUUGGACCAAGAUGGCCUUCCAGUCGGUAUACAAGUUGUGGCGAAUGUGAAUCAGGAUCGAUUGUGCCUUGCUGUUGCUGAAGAGCUCGAAUCAGUGUUUGGCGGCUUCAAGGAGCCCGUUUGAGUGGAUUGGAAAAGAAAAGUCAGGUCUGAUCACUCAACGAACCAUUUUAUUGAAUUUUCUUAAUUUUGUCGUGGCUGUUGUGGAAGUUUGUAAUAAAGGAAGCACCAAAGUCAC